GUAUUUUUACAUAUUUCCAAUUACAAGUGUAGGCUGAAAAUUGGAACAAUUUGACGAGGGAGCGUUGAAGUUGGUGGCGGCAAGAAUUUGGGGGAGAGAGAGAGAGAGAGUGAGGGCGAUGGCGACGAAACCACUUGUGAACGCAUUUUCAGUGUUGGAGCUCGACGCUGAAGACGAUCAAAUUCCCGCUCUUUCUACUUCCUCCAAAGAUGACGCUACCGUUUCUUACUCUUCAUCAACAGGAAAAAGCAAGAAGGAAGUUAAUAUAUCUGGUGAUAUUCCGACGGGAGAAAGACAGAAACAAGGUCAACCAAAUGCAGUUGCAGAAGACUACAAGUUUCCUCUUGUCUGGAUUGACUUGGAAAUGACGGGUUUAAAUGUUGAAACAGAUAGAAUACUGGAGAUAGCUUGUAUAAUUACCAAUGGCAACUUGACCAAAUUGGUUGAGGGUCCUGAUUUAGUGAUUCACCAAUCAAAAGAAUGUCUAGAGAAAAUGGGAGAAUGGUGUCAAAGUCAUCAUGCAGCCAGUGGUUUGACAAAAAAAGUGCAGCGAAGUACAAUUAGUGAACGAGAAGCUGAAAAACAGGUCAUAGAAUUUGUGAAGAAACAUGUUUGUUGCGAUAAACUACACUUGGCUGGAAAUUCAGUUUAUAUGGAUUUUAUUUUUUUGAAGAAAUACAUGCCAGAUUUGGCUGGACUUUUUUCGCAUGUGCUUGUCGACGUCAGUAGUGUAAAGACUCUUUGUGAUCGCUGGUAUCCAAGAGGUAAAGAUCUUGACAACUGGGGUGUUUUGGCUUUUGAGAAAAAUGACGGCCAUGUUAUUCUGAAUUUUCUGUUUCUUAUUAAAAAUAACAAAGAUCGGAAGAAAGCCCCGCCAAAAGAGAAUAAACAUAGGGCUAUGGAUGAUAUCAGAGAAAGCAUAAUGGAACUCAAAUAUUACAAGGAAAAUAUAUUUAAGAAUUCAAAAAAGUGAUGCAAGAUGAAGCACCAUAACCAGAUGAUUGCAUGCCUGAACGGUUUGGAAUGAGUUUGAAGAGAGAAGAGGACUUGAAGAAGUAACUAAUCGUAGUUGAUUGUAUCUUAAUAACUCUAUUGUUGUUAAUAUUAACUUUUUUAUAAAAGUUGUUACGUACCAACAUGAUCAAGUGAUUUAUGAUUUGAAUUUUCUCCAUACUAAAAAGAUAGCAUAAAACAAAUGGGAAUUAUGAUGUUUUGGGACCAACCCUUCAACGCGAGAGUGGUGGAAGUAGAGGUGGGGUUCGAGGCCAAGCGAAAUCCAUUGCCUUAAUAUGGAGGAAGCCUAUUUUCGCCAUUCUUGUUUCUUUUUUCUUCCUUUCAUGGCAAGAAUCUUUAACUCCAGUAUUUCGAUAACAUUAAAAUUCUACCAUUCUUGAAUAAUAUACAAAUCAUUAUUUUUUUCCUUUCAA